AUGCGCUCAGCCUCAGAGCCAGAGGGAGCCAGAGGGAGCCAGAGGGAGCCAGAGGGAGCCAGAGGGAGCCAGAGGGAGCCAGAGGGAGCCAGAGGGAGCCAGAGAGAGCCAGAGAGCCAGAGGGAGCCAGAGGGAGCCAGAGGGAGCCAGAGGGAGCCAGAGGGAGCCAGAGGGAGCCAGAGGGAGCCAGAGAGAGCCAGAGAGAGCCAGAGGGAGCCAGAGGGAGCCAGAGAGAGCCAGAGGGAGCCAGAGGGAGCCAGAGAGACAGGAAUGAUCCACUUCAAGACGCUCUUGCAGGCCGAGGCACAGUGCAGGGACAGGCCUGCCCCCAGAGGCUCCACACCUACGGCUGAUAUGUUCCAGAGGAUCUUCAAGCGCACAAAGAAAAACAACAAACCGGGAGGGCGACGCUCGGAGGCGAGGGACGGCGUCCAAGCCACAGUAGAGGAGCAGAAGAGUUUGGAAAAGCAGCCAAGAGCGUUUCGGAAAAGAAGGAAUAAGGUUGAACUUUUGUGGUGGAGGUUUGUGCCGCCUUCUCGUCUCCACGGAGGUUAG